AUGACCAGUACAAGAACGUUGAGAUACGCACAGGUUGCCUGUGCUUGUAUCUGGUGUCUUUUUUCAGCUGGUAUUAUCUUUGGAUUUGCUGCUUUGAAACCUAUUUUAAUUUCAGAAGGUGUAUACCAUGAAUUGUGUGAUCCUAAGGAUGGUGAUAGAUUAUUAUGUACUGCACAGGAUCUGAAAUUAAAUUUUAUAUUUGCUCUCAGUGCUACUGUAACAAACAUCAUGGCCCUUCCUGUCGGUAAGAUUUUGGAUAUGUAUGGACCUCGUGUCUGCGGAAUAAUAGGAUCAUGUCUCUUGUUCCUAGCAAGCGGUAAUUUUAUUUCUGCCAAGCAUCUAGUGUCUCUUUGGGACCCAUAUCUUGUCGGUUACACGCUUUUGGCAGUUGCCGGUCCGUUCGUCUUCAUUUCAUGUUUUCAAUUGGCAAAUAGCUUCCCACAAAGAUCAGGAACCGUAUUGGCCCUACUAACAGGAUCAUUUGAUUCGUCAUCUGCGCUGUUUCUGUUAUAUAGGUUGUUAUAUCAAAACUGGUUUCCUACCUUGAACGUUUCCAGAUUUUUCACCCUAUAUUUGAUUGUUCCAGUGUUUAUUCUUGCCUGUCAACUCACGAUAAUGCCUCAUUCUUCCUACAAAACUGUCAAUCACAUUGCUAAGAUCGCUGUGGAAGGUUUAGAUGAAAACGGAAGACUCAUCGAGGGUGAUACAGGCUCCGGUAUCAUCCCUGAUGAACAGGAACGUCAAUCGUUGAUUGCAAUCGAGCGUGAAGAAGAUAGUAUCCCAUCAAGGCCGCAGAGAAGGAAAUCGGUAUUGGAAACUUACGUUGAAGAUAAGUUGCAGAAAAAGUCAGGCGGCAUAUUCGGAGUCUUGCAUGGGAAAUCCGCUUAUGAACAAAUAAAGAGUCCGUGGUUUUAUUUAAUGCUUUUAUUUGCGCUUGUUGCCAUGCUGAGGAUAAACUAUUUUAUUGCUACCGUCAGAACACAAGAAGAAUACUUAUUAAAUGAUCCUGAUUUAGCACUAAAAUUGAAUUCCAUUUUUGAUAUGUUACUUCCACUUGGCGGUGCUGUUUCCAUACCAUUUAUUGGGCUGCUCUUGGACCAUACAGAUACUUUGUCCACUCUCACAAUAUUGUUCACCACUUCUACCGCUAUAGGUGUUUUUGGCUUGAUUCCAAAUUCAUUCACUUGGAACUUAAUAGGUAUAGUACUUCUGGUAGUGUACAGACCAUUUUAUUACACAGUUGUUUCUGAUUAUUCUUCAAAAGUUUUUGGAUUUGACACAUUUGGUACUGUUUAUGGGUUAUUGUCCUGCAUUUGUGGUAUUUUCAACAUGAGUCAAAACUUACUGGACAAAUGGACACAUACUACUUUCAACAUGAAUCCAUUCCCAAUAAACCUUACACUGGUAAUCCUCACAGUCGUUUUUUCACUAACUUUAACAUUUUACAUACGAUCUCAGAUUUUGCCCAAGCCCGUGAAUGAAAGAGGAUUGUCCUCCAACUACCAAACUAUCUGA